AGGAGUCUUGUGAUCAGCGCAGCUGGAAGAAGGUAAAAUUUUGGGCAGACCAAUUUUGCUCUUCGCUAAACUCUUCCGUGCACCGACCAGUGCCAACGAAACGCAACCAAAAUGCCUGUCUGUGGACCGAAACUGUCGCUGUGCGGUUUGAUCAUCUCCAUUUGGGGCAUAGUCCAGCUGGUACUGAUGGGGGUGUUUUACUACAUCAACAGCGUGGCACUGAUUGAGGAUCUUCCGCUGGAGGAGCACUAUCCAACGCCGCAAGAAUUUUACGCGGCAGCUGACGUCGCGUACAGUCAGAAUGCCUACAACUGUUGGAUUGCUGCCUGCAUUUACGUUGUGACGCUGGUCAUUUCGGCACAGCAGUUCCAUGCCAACAGCCGCUCCACGGUUGCCUAAAUUCUGCUGUUCCCCACCAUUCUGCUCCCGAGGAUGCCCGAGAACAACAUCAGCUCGUAUGGCCCACCCGUCGAUGUAAAUAUGAGUUUCGCUUCAGUGCAUCAAACCACCGCCAUCACUCUUCCCGCUGUCCGCACAACAUUCCGUUAAGAUCGUUCUCCAUUUUGCGGUCGUGUCGCCUCGGUGUGCCCCUCUAGUGAUGAUACCUACCAGCGUUUAUCGCCAUACAGUGAACAAUGUGACCACCGGGACCACACCGUACGCCGGAGUGUGAACCUAUCCCUUCUUCCGAUAGUUCGAACGCACGCCCUGUAGAAGUUGCCGAUGUGAAGAGAAGCUAAAUAUACUGUGGAAGUUAAACCUAAAACCGCCUCACGGACGGCUCAUGUAUUGUGUGUUCUGUUCAUCAGCACACAUUAUUUUCUGUUAUUAAAUCUACUUAAUUAUUUCGUUGUCGAUGCAAUAAACAAUAAUCGUAUCGUA